CGAUGACGAAUCCUUUCCGGUUGAUGGUGGUAACGUGACGCUCUGUUUGUUUCCAAACAGACAUUUAAAGCUUCUGCAAACACAAAGAUGACAUCGAGGAAAGUGGUCGAGUUGUUCUAUGAUGUGGUUUCUCCGUACACCUGGCUUGGAUUUGAGGUGAUAUGUCGCUACAGAACCGUGUGGAACAUAGACCUCAAGCUGCGUCCUGCUUUUCUGUCUGGCGUCAUGCAGGGAUCAGGCAACAAGCCCCCUGGUGUGGUUCCAAACAAAUUCAAAUACAUGUCCAAGGAUCUGACACGCUUGAGAGAAUAUUUUGAUGUUCCUUUGAAUUUUCCAUCUGACCCUUUCCAUGUCAUGUUUGAGAAAGGAUCCUUGUCUGCGAUGCGAUUUAUAACAGCAGUGCAAGAGAGUGAGAAGGGUGGAGACAAGUAUGUGGAGCAGGUGUCGCGAGAGCUGUGGAGAAGGAUCUGGAGCGAAGACAAAGACAUUACUGAGCCCGCAUCACUGUGCGAGGCAGCGCUAAAGGCAGGACUGUCUGACAGCGAGAUUAAGGAAAUACUGGAGCUGUCCAAGUCAAAGGAGGUCAAAGACAAGCUGAAGAGUAAUACACAGGCUGCACUUGAUUACGGAGCGUUUGGCUUUCCCCUGCUGGUGUGUCAUGUAAAUGGAAAACAAGAGAGUUUUUUUGGGUCUGACAGAUUUGAGCUCAUGGCUCACUGCAUUGGUGAGAAGUGGCUCGGACCCCAACCUGAGAAAUCAGCUGCUAAGCUGUAGGAUGGAAGUCGCCUGUCUGUCAAAGUUUUGAGCUUCAAUGUCAUCACAUUAAUAAAUUAGAUUUUCUUCAGUACUUGUGGAACAUCUCUUCAUGCUGUGCCUAAUUCAAUUACACACUUGUAAUUCCUGUAUAGAAAUUUUGACAUAAUUAAACUUGAAUAAAUACUUUGGAGGUUUUGCAUCUUA